AUGGCCGGACUGUAUCCGAGGAUCUCGAACUACACCGAGUACACCGGGUUUGGUGUCGCGUCGGUACUGUGUGGACUGGGGCUUCGUUGGCGUUUCAAUGCGUCUCGAUCGGUCUCAUACUUGAUGGGGACGCUAGCGUACUUACUCCCGGAGUGUGACAAGCUUCUUGCUGUCAACUCCUCGAACCUGGUGCUGGCUUUAAUUGCAAUGAGACUUUGGUACACGUGGGGGCGAUUAUGUGUCUUUGUUGUCCGAGUAUAUCGUAUCCGGCUACUGGUGUUAGAGGGGCGUGCUGUACACAAUGUAAACAAACUGGUGGCUUGCAUCGUGUUGCUGCUGGUGAUAGGCAAAUGCUCGUGCUGCAGAAUCCGUGGGAAAAUCACGGGACAUGUAACUUUCGAGGUGAUUUUCGAUACAAGCAGUGGCAAGUACGGCGGGCUGACUGGAAGCUGGGAUUUUGCCACUUCAUUCGGCUGCAACUGGAGCCUACAGAAGAAACGCUGUGGUAUCUGUUUGAUCGUCGCGCUGCUGGGGUAUUUCCGCGCGACCGAGAUAAUGAAGAUCUUGUGA